AGCCGGAAAGGAUUUCUUUUAUUAUUUUGAUUGAUAUUCCGCUGUUUACGACGCUCGCAUUGACCGGCAUAAUUUUACGCUAUCGACUCAACGAUUUCAUUGCUGUUUACCUCCUAUUUAUCGUGCAUUGCGUGCAUAGGAAGUAAGAGCCAUUAUUCGACUUGUAUAUGUACAUCAUUCAUAACAAAAGUCACGUAAACACGAUCGAAAAGUCUAUAGUCUGAUCUAUAGUUAUACAACAGAUAGGCUGAUAAUUGUCAUUAUCGGCCGUGUGUGGACGACGAGUGGGGAGUUUCAGCAGCGAUAUCGCAAACAGGAACACGCUUACUGUCAUCCAUGGCUCAGGCUUUACAGACACAUGGAGUUAUACCAGACGUGGUGGAUAAGGUGCCCGCAAAUGUGCUGAAUGUCACCUAUCCCAAUAAUCUCACUGUUGAAAUUGGCAAGGUGCUAACUCCGACUCAGGUCAAGGAUCAGCCUACUGUUCAGUGGAACGCAGAUGCAAACUCAUUUUAUACUUUGUGCAUGACUGAUCCUGAUGCUCCGAGCAGACAAAAUCCCAAAUUUCGUGAAUGGCAUCACUGGUUGGUAGGCAAUAUCCCUGGAUCGGAUGUCUCCAAAGGAGAUGUUCUGUCCCAGUACAUCGGUUCCGGACCUCCGGAAGGUACAGGCCUUCAUCGAUAUGUAUUCCUGUUGUACAAACAACCUGGCAAGCUCACCUUUGACGAGAAGCGCUUAACCAAUCGAAGCGGUGAUAACCGCGGCAAGUUCUCUAUUAAAAACUUUGCCGCUAAAUAUAAACUUGGUGAUCCGAUUGCUGGUAAUAUGUAUCAGGCAGAGUUCGACGAUUAUGUACCAAUUCUUUAUAAGCAACUCGAAGGUUAAAUUUAUACAGUUUGUACAAUUAUAUUCACAAUGGAACAUAUGUAUACAUAAUGCUGUAUAUCAAACUAUUUGUUGAAUAAAUGCAUAUUAAAUAUUCUUUUCA